AUGCAUCAUGGGUGACAAGGAAGCCCUCGACACUACCGCUGCACCCCAUAUUCAGUGCUGCCCCUCAGACUCCACCACGGAUGACAGCAGCACCCAAGAAGACAGCACACUGUCUUCCAUCAUACGCUCUCCAACCUGCGCCCGCUGCCGCAAUCAUGGAAUGAAGGUUCCUCUGAAAGGCCACAAGAAUAGUUGCCAGUUCCAGAGCUGCCAGUGUGACAAAUGCAUCCUUAUUCUGCAGCGGCGCCGCGUCAUGGCUGCCCAGGUGGCCUUACGCCGGCAGCAGGAGAUAGAGCUGCAAAAGCAGCUGGCCAGCGGUUUGCUGCAACUUCAAGACGACAGCCCCUCCGACUGUUACCGUUUCGCCAAAUCACUGAAAGGGAUCAGGGCCUGCAAAGGAGGGGCAGGGAAGAAGGAGAACGCAGAGCCAUCAAGUGACUCAGAGGAGGGACUCAGAGGGGCCACGGGAUUCCUCAGACGACAGAAGCGGAGAGCCAUGAGGAAGGAAGGUUCCUGGCUGCCACUUCCUCGCUGUUCUAAAGUGACAGAGCUGCCCUGGGCACUUGGAGGACAUCCACCCCCUCAUGCGGCUUGGUUUCCACCACCUCUUCCUAUGCCCCCUGCGUCCUUCUGCCAGUUCUUGCCUCAGGAACAUGCCUUUCAUGUGCAAACUAUGGGAGGCUGUAACAGCCACGAAGACUUGUACAUGCCAGACGGUUAUGUGGCAGCCCCAGGACAGAUGUUUCACCAGACCCCUGGUACCUCCUGGUGCUUACCUGCACCUCCUGAUCUCACCAGCCGCCUGGCACUGAACCCCCUGAGCGGCAACAUGGACCUAAGCAGACGUUCCAAGACCGCAUCGUUGGGAGGUCAGCCCACCUCCUCUGCUCACGUCUCCGUCUGGCCCACCAGGGGGUUCAUCUUCUCCCCCCUUUCCGAACAGCAGCUCCAGAAAGAGGCUGCCGAAGCCCUGAUGGUGCUGAGAAACUCCCCCCAGACUGGUCCCGUUCUUGCCACCUCAGGUCUCUUGCCCCCAGUCAGCUCUGCGCCCGCUCUGAUGGCUUCGCCAGCUUUCUCCCACCCAUUGGAGGCAGCUCACGGCUUUGCGGUCCCCGGCCCCUUCCCGCAGCACCCUCAAUACUUCAUGCCACCCUACGGUCUUCAUGCUGUGAAACCCUCCAAGGAUAUAGCCUUGAAGGGAACCCAGAUGCCCCCAGAGUCACUGCCUGUCCACGGGGAGCAGGUCCCGGGUCCCCUUUUCCUCCCUUUGCUCCACAGCAGUCCUCUUCCCCAGCAGUAUAAGAAUGUCCGUCUGUUCUCCAUCGCCCCACCCCGGGGUCCCCAGCUGGCCACUUCUCUUAUGGUCUCCGGCAUCCAAGCGGUCAAACCCAGCCUAGGAGGGGCUUCCAGUAUCAGCCACCACCAUUUCCCCCCUGGCUUUGCCGCCUACCACCCUGCCCCCGGCUCCACCCCAAAGGCCCUUUGCGUGCCGCAAGCGAUCGAGGAGGGCUGGAUUUCAGAGGCAAGCGUUAACGUCUCCACAGCGGCCAGCCGUGCCCACAGCGGCCCUCACCUGUUGCCCUUCUGCGUCCCGCCCAUGGACAUCUCUCUCGCCCCAGUGGCCCUCCCAGGCAGCAUUUCUUGCGCCCCACUGGGGAUGGAAGUGCACAGGGUCCCCAGGCUGUCGCUGCUGAACCCCACCCCGUACCGCCUAGCUCACCAGUCUUUCCCAGACACGGUGUUUCCUCUGAGGCAGAAAUCUCCGCAGAUCCAGCAGCAGCUGAGCCAAGGACAACCGUGUUCCAGUCAAGGGCAUUCUGGGGAGGAGACCACCAACAGCCUCAAGGAGCCUGAGAGCAAGGACCCAAAAGAUUCGACCGAAGCGGGGCCCGACUUCCUCCAGGCAUCCAGGCAAGCGUCGCCGAGCCAGCAGCCUCCUCACCUCCAACAGGCCAGCUCCUCUCCCUCCGUUUCCCUCAGCAUCGGCCAGAUGGGCUCCAUCUCCCUCCCCAGCUAG